GCUGAGAAUCACGUGACGUGACGUGUAACCAACAUGGUGGCGCUGUGCUGAGACCGAAACGGACACCGACCGACCCGACACCCUGGCUUUCGUUAGCUUUCAUCGUCACCUGCUCUUUGGCAGGGCCAGGCCGGUGAUGACGGCCUGAGAGAGGAUCGGUUACACGAUCGAGAGAUGCAGGAACAGCCACACGCGCCGCCGCAGCAGCACGCGCAGUCAGAAAACAGUAAAACCAAGAGCAUGUUUCUGUCCAGGGCGCUGGAGAAAAUCCUCGCUGAUAAGGAGGUGAAGAGGAGCCAGAACAGCCAGCUGCGGAAAGCCUGUCAGGUGGCGCUCGAUGAAAUCAAGGAGGAGCUGGAAAAACAAAAGGAUGGGACCGUGGUCCCACCCAGAGCCAACUACAUCGAGGCUGACAAAUACGUCCUGCCCUUCGAGCUGGCCUGCCAGUCAAAGUCUCCCCGGAUAGUUAGCACCUCGCUGGACUGUCUGCAGAAGCUGAUAGCGUACGGCCACAUCACGGGCAACGCCCCGGACGGCAAGACCCCGGGUAAAAGGCUGAUCGACCGGCUGGUGGAGACCAUCUGCGUCUGCUUCCAGGGCCCACAGACCGACGAAGGAGUCCAGCUACAGAUCAUCAAGGCCCUUCUGACGGCGGUGACCUCCCCGCACAUCGAGAUCCACGAGGGCACGGUGCUCCUCACCGUCCGGACCUGCUACAACAUCUACCUGGCCAGCCGCAACCUCAUCAACCAGACCACGGCCAAGGCCACGCUCACGCAGAUGCUCAACGUCAUCUUCACCCGCAUGGAGAGCCAGGCGGCCCUGGAGGCUCAGGAGCAGGAGAAGGAGCGGCUGCGUCUCCCCCAGCAGAACCCGUCCCCGGUCCCCGGUAACCGGUCGUCCGGCUCCCCCAAAUCUGACCGAACUCCUACGCCUGAUCCUCAGAGCUCCCCGUCCCCCGGAGAAAGUGCCUCAGACCUCACCGUGGACUCGACGCCCCCACCGGCAGCAGCAGCAGCUCCUCACCUGGACCAGGAUGCACCGGCAGUCAACGGAGAGCCUGAUGGAGAUUCGGUGUUUGAGGAUGAAGGUAUGGAGGUGCCUCCUUCAGCGGCUGACGACGAGAACAAACCAGAGAUCAGCUCAACGGGACCCGUGGUGGCAGACGGAGAACGUCCAGCUGAAACAGGUGGUGAAGGUCCAGUUCCUGUAGUUCCUGAGCAGAUGGACGCCGUUCCCCCCAGAGCUAGGACGGAAACUCCGCAGAUGAACGGCGUCAUCGAGGACCACUCCUCUGUCUCCUCCACAGACCUUCUGGAUGCCGAGUCUCUGCAGGGACCCCACAGCGCGGCUCGGUUCUCUCACAUCCUGCAGAAAGACGCCUUCCUGGUGUUCCGCUCUUUGUGCAAACUUUCUAUGAAACCUCUCGCUGAUGGACCUCCAGACCCAAAGUCCCACGAGUUGCGCUCUAAGAUCGUCUCCCUGCAGCUGCUGCUCUCCGUGCUGCAGGGCGCCGGGCCGGUGUUUCGCACCCACGAGAUGUUUGUGAACGCCAUCAAGCAGUAUCUGUGCGUAGCUUUGUCCAAAAAUGGCGUCUCCUCUGUGCCUGAGGUGUUUGAGCUCUCUCUGGCCAUCUUCCUGACGCUCCUCUCCCACUUCAAAGUCCACCUGAAGAUGCAGAUCGAGGUGUUUUUUCGGGAGAUUUUUUUGACCAUCUUGGAGACGUCGACCAGCUCCUUUGAACACAAGUGGAUGGUCAUCCAGGCACUGACGCGCAUCUGCGCAGAUGCCCAGUGCGUGGUUGACAUCUACGUCAACUACGACUGCGAUUUAAAUGCUGCCAACAUAUUUGAGCGUCUCGUCAACGAUUUGUCCAAAAUCGCCCAGGGAAGGAGUGGUCAGGAGCUCGGGAUGACGCCUCUGCAGGAGCUGAGCCUACGCAAAAAGGGUUUGGAGUGCUUGGUGUCCAUCCUCAAAUGCAUGGUGGAGUGGAGCAAAGACAUGUACGUGAAUCCUAACCUUCAAGCUAACCUGGGUCAGGAACAUCCAUCCGACUGCGAGGGAGGAGAGCUGAAGCUCCCGGAGCAGACGGCGGGGCGUCGAGACAGCAUCAGCUCGCUGGACUCCUCCUACUCCAGCGUCCCCGUGUCCCAGGCAGAUCACCCUGAGCAGUACGAGGUUAUCAAACAACAGAAGGAGAUCAUCGAGCACGGCAUCGAACUCUUCAACAAGAAGCCUAAGCGUGGUGUCCAGUACCUGCAGGACCAGGGCAUGCUGGGAUCCACAGCUGAGGACAUCGCCCAGUUCUUACACCAGGAGGACCGACUGGACACAACACAGGUGGGGGAGUUCCUCGGUGAGAAUAACAAGUUCAACAAAGAGGUGAUGUACUGCUACGUGGACCAGCUGGACUUCUGUGGUCGGGACUUUGUCUCUGCUCUGAGGACGUUCCUGGAGGGCUUCAGGCUGCCGGGGGAGGCCCAGAAGAUCGACCGGCUUAUGGAGAAGUUUGCUGCUCGGUACCUGGAGUGUAACCAGGGACAGACCUCGUUUGCGAGUGCGGACACCGCCUACGUGUUGGCGUACUCCAUCAUCAUGCUCACCACCGACCUGCACAGUCCUCAGGUGAAAAACAAAAUGACCAAGGAGCAGUACAUCAAGAUGAACCGCGGUAUCAACGACAGCAAAGACCUUCCCGAGGAGUACCUCUCUUCCAUAUACGAUGAGAUCGCAGGGAAGAAGAUCGCCAUGAAGGAGAGCAAAGAGUUUUCCAUCACUCCAAAGUCCACCAAGCAGAGCGUGGCCAGCGAGAAGCAGCGCCGCCUGCUCUACAACAUGGAGAUGGAGCAGAUGGCGAAAACCGCUAAAGCUCUAAUGGAGGCCGUGAGCCACGCUCAGGCGCCGUUCUUCAGCGCCACACAUCUGGAGCACGUCAGACCCAUGUUCAAGCUGGCAUGGACCCCGCUGCUUGCUGCCUUCAGCGUGGGUCUGCAGGACUGCGAUGACCCAGAUGUGGCCUCGCUGUGUCUGGAAGGCAUUCGAUGUGCCAUCAGAAUCGCCUGCAUCUUCAGCAUGCAGCUGGAGAGAGACGCAUACGUUCAAGCCUUGGCCAGGUUCACGCUGCUGACGGCCAGUUCCAGCAUCACAGAGAUGAAGCAGAAGAACAUCGACACCAUCAAGACCCUGAUCACCGUGGCCCACACAGAUGGGAACUACCUGGGCAACUCCUGGCAUGAGAUCCUGAGGUGUAUUAGUCAGCUGGAACUUGCCCAGCUGAUCGGUACAGGGGUGAAGACACGCUACAUCUCCGGGGUUGUUCGGGACAGGGAGGCCAGUAUCAGGGGUUUACCUCCUGGUACCGAGGAGUUCAUGCCUCUAGGUCUGGGAAACCUGGUUGGGAGUCAGGACAAGAGACAGAUGGCUCACAUUCAGGAGUCAGUUGGAGAAACCAGCUCUCAGAGUGUGGUGGUGGCUGUAGAUAGGAUCUUCACAGGCUCCACCAGACUAGACGGAAACGCCAUUGUGGACUUUGUUCGGUGGUUAUGCGCCGUGUCCAUGGACGAGCUGGCCUCGGCGCACCAGCCCAGGAUGUUCAGCCUGCAGAAGAUCGUGGAGAUAUCGUACUACAACAUGAACCGCAUCAGGCUGCAGUGGUCUCGAAUAUGGCAGGUUAUAGGAGAUCACUUCAACAAGGUGGGCUGCAACUCUAACGAGGACGUCGCCAUCUUUGCCGUGGACUCGCUGAGGCAGCUUUCCAUGAAGUUUUUGGAGAAAGGAGAACUGGCCAACUUCCGCUUCCAGAAGGACUUCCUCCGGCCUUUCGAGCACAUCAUGAAGAAGAACAGGUCCCCCACCAUCAGAGACAUGGUGAUCAGGUGUGUGGCUCAGAUGGUCAACUCCCAGGCGGCCAACAUCCGUUCUGGUUGGAAGAACAUCUUCUCCGUGUUUCAUCAAGCUGCCGCCGACCACGAUGAGACUAUAGUGGAGCUGGCGUUCCAGACGACCGGGCACAUCGUCGUGAACACGUUCAAGGAGCACUUUGCAGCUGCCAUCGACUCGUUUCAGGAUGCCGUGAAGUGUUUGUCAGAGUUUGUGUGCAACGCGGCGUUUCCUGACACCAGCAUGGAGGCCAUCAGACUCAUCCGGCACUGUGCUAAAUACGUCUCCGAGCGGCCGCAGGCCCUGAGGGAGUACACCAGCGAUGACAUGAAUGUCGCCCCUGGCGAUCGGGUCUGGGUCCGCGGCUGGUUCCCCAUCCUGUUCGAGCUCUCGUGCAUCAUCAACCGAUGCAAGCUCGAUGUUCGGACCAGAGGUCUAACUGUGAUGUUUGAGAUCAUGAAAAGUUACGGCCACACCUUUGAGAAGCACUGGUGGCACGACCUCUUCAGAAUCGUCUUUCGCAUCUUCGACAACAUGAAGCUCCCGGAACAGCAGACCGAGAAAACCGAGUGGAUGACGACGACGUGUAACCACGCCCUGUACGCCAUCUGCGACGUGUUCACGCAGUUUUACGAGCCGCUCAGCGAGAUCCUGCUGGAGGACAUUUUUACUCAGCUGCAGUGGUGCGUCAAGCAAGAUAACGAGCAGCUGGCCCGGUCGGGAACUAACUGUCUGGAGAACCUGGUGAUCCUGAACGGGGAGAAGUUCAGCCCAGAAGUCUGGAACGUCACCUGCUCGUGCAUGCUGGAGAUUUUCCAAAACACCAGCCCUCACGUGUUGUUGACUUGGCGACCGGCUGGACAAGACGAGGAAGCUGCAGACGGGAAGCACUUUGAUGCAGAUUUCGACAGUCAGUCUCAGAGCAGCUACGACAGAGCUCUGUCCGAGAGAGGACACAGCCAGAUGUCCAGCGACGACACCUGGAAGGGCAGAUCCAACGCCAGAGUCUCAGACCAGAGGCUGUUUGCAGGGCUGCUGAUUAAAUGUGUCGUGCAGCUCGAGCUCAUCCAGACUGUAGACAACAUCGUCUUCUUCCCAGCAACCAGCAAGAAGGAGGAUGCUGAAAACAUGGCUGCAGCGCAGAGAGAUGCUCUGGAGGAGUCGGAGGCUGACUGGGAGGAUUCCAGACCGGAUCAGGGCAUGUACCGACACAUGACCUCAGCUCACCUCUUCAAGCUGCUGGACUGUCUGCUGGAGUCGCACAACUUUGCCAAGGACUUCAACUCCAACAACGAGCAGAGGACGGCUCUCUGGAGGGCGGGCUUUAAGGGGAAAUCGAAGCCCAACUUGUUGAAGCAGGAAACCAGCAGCCUCGCCUGCAGCCUCAGGAUCUUGUUUAAGAUGUACUCCGACCUGAAGCUGCAGGACUCGUGGCCCGACAUCCAAACACGCCUGCUGCUAGUGUGUACCGAAGCUCUGAGCUACUUCAUCAGUCUGACCUCAGAGAGCCACCGAGAGGCGUGGAACAGCCUGCUGAUGCUGCUGCUCACCAGAACACUACGGCUGCCCGACGGCAAGUUUAAGCCCCAUGCUUCCUGUUACUACCCCCACCUGUGUGAAAUGAUGCAGUUCGACCUGAUCCCGGAGCUGCGGGCCGUCCUCCGGCGCUUCUUCCUGCGCAUCGGCUCCGUCUUCCAGAUCGCCGCUCCUGAGGGGGCGCCCACCCGGACUCCCUCCUCCUAGGCAGAAUCCAGGUGAUGCUGUGGAUCCGUAGAGAGGAAACCUGAAGGUGGACCUGAUACUUGAGAAUCUUUCCUCCCUUCUGCUGGUCCGGAUCCGAGACGGAGACAAAGUCCGGAGGAGGUUGUGGGUCUUGGUUCAGGACUUGGCAUCUUCUCUCGGGGGUGAACAGCUCUGUGACCGGCGCUUCCUGCUGACUGUCGUCUUUCAUCCUACAGCGACCAGAACAAGAAGGAAAAACGACUCUAAUAUAAUUUAUUGUUGCAGAUCCUGUUGCCCCACUUUUCUUUUCCGCUCUAAAAACAAAUGAAGCCUUCGGUCCGAUUGGCUUUUUGCCAACUGUGCCUGUUAGCAACGGAUGAUUCUCCACGUGACCGUCGCAUCUGUAUGAGCCUGACUGAAGCUGCAGGCGACGCGUCAACGAUCACCCCGGCUCAUCCUGUCCUCUCUCACGCGCCCCAGUGAAUUUUUACUUAUUCGUUGUUUCUCGUUUGCAGUAAUUUGAUUAUUUCCCCACUAAAAUCACUUAUUUACAUCAAAGAGUUUUACUGGUGAAAAAAAUGGCUGCUUCCUCCCUCCAGAUCUCCCAUCGAUUGGCUCCAUCAGAACCAUUAUUCUCUCUUUUGCACACCCGUUAGUGACGUUUUGCUCUCAUUAACCAUGACUAGGAUAGCCUGUCAGUGUUGGCUCUCUGUAGUGAUAGUUUCACACCAACAGGAUGAAUAUCUGCAUCCCUCUGGAACGUUUUUCAUGCCUUUUUGUUCUUCGAUGAAGGAUGUAAGUAAUUAUUGAAAGUGCAUUUAAAUAUUUUUUGAAAAGCAUUCCUUUCCUCGCCACUAUGGAUGUCUACUUUUCUCCCCUGAAGUCGGGGAAAACUAUAAAUAUAUAUAUAUUAUAAAUGAAAAAGUACAGACUGUAAAGUUUUCCAUGUAAGAUACAUAAAACUGAAAGUGCUCUACAGUUCUAUACAUAAUAUUGUGAUGUAAUCUUCCAGGUAUUUGGUGAAGUAAUCAAUAAACCUGAAUUCUGGUCUGUUCCACUUA